AGGUCUAGCUAGUGGAAAAGGAGAAGCAAAGGAAUUUGGCUUGACAACAUCUACCAAGUCAUAUUCACAUGAGACGGACUUGGUAGGUGUACAACCAGUAGCCCAGUCUUUCCCGGCCUGGUUGAAUCAUACUUCUCCAGUCGGUGCAUUGUCACCUCCUAUGGAUUCCAGGCUUCUAAAGAUCAAUACAGUCACCUCAUCAGGAGAUCAUGCAGGUCGUCUUCUCCAGUCAAUUAAGUUUAAUCCUACAGGAGGAACUAUACUAAUCGCUGAACAUAUGGAUAUCAAAUUUAAUUGCUCGAUCAACGUUCCCAAGUCACUGGUCAAGCAAGACUUCCCACCUAUUACCUUGUGGAAGAAUGGGAAGGAAAUUCUUAAUGUUGGCAGCCACUAUUACCAGUUUGACGAUUAUGAAUUAACCACCAUGAAAGCUGCUUUCAGUAUACCCAAUGCUCAUCAUUCUGAUAAAGGGUCUUACAGCUGCAAAUUGACAAUUGAGAAUGAGGAAAUUGAAUCAGAUCCUAUUUUGGUUUUGUUGGAAGGACUGCCACAUUUCAUUAAGCAGCCCCAGGGGCUGAAUGUUACCCGAAAUGAACCGUUCAAUCUCACAUGUCAUGCUGUGGGGCCUCCAGAGCCUGUUGAGAUUCGCUGGCAUUGGAACAGCAACCAAAUCCCAAAGAAAACUGACAUUUCUCCAUCUGUGCUGAGCAUGCCAGGUCUUAAUGAAGCUGCUGUUUUCCACUGUGAAGCUCAUAACAAGAAAGGAUUAGCAACAUCAUCUGAAGCCCGAAUCAAUAUAAAGGGGCUUCCAUCUCCACCUAUGGAGGUUCAUGUUCUGAGCGCAAGAGCCCACACAGUGCUGCUAUCCUGGGUCCCAGGGUUUGAUGGUUAUUCCCCUUUGAGUUCCUGCAGUGUUCUGGUAAAAGAAGUUGAUGUACCAAGUAACACUUCUAUGAUGAUUUUUAACACUUCUAUACCACCGCAUCAGUAUCUUAUUCAGAAUCUAUCAGCCAUUAAGGAUUACAACAUCGGUGUUUCUUGUAAGAAUGAAAUAGGAUGGUCAAGUCUCAGCCCUUGGAUUACGGCCAGUACAACUGAAGGAGCUCCAUCUGCUCCACCUUUGAAUGUCACAAUCUCUAUAAAUGAAUCCAGUUCUUCAGUAAUGGUCAAAUGGAUUAAGCCUCCUGCUUCACAGAUGAAUGGCAAACUUCAGAGCUACAGGAUCUCUUAUGUAUGGCAAACAUCAGAACGAUCUAAGAAUCACUCUUUUUCUACCAGUAAAGAUACAAAUUUCAUCCAUAUUCCAUUUAUGGCCACAAAUGUCACCUGCAUAGUGCAAGUAGCUGCUGUCACUAAUGGUGGAGUUGGGCCUUCCAGCGACCCUGUAGCAAUAUUCAUUCCAAGCAAUGGUUUUAUAUCUGUUGCACCUUCUACAACACUAGAAUCUAGAAAUACAGAUUCACUUACAAUAGUCCUUGGAUUUAUAUGUGGAGUUGUCAUCAUUGGACUAAUCCUGUACAUAUCUGUGAUUAUCAGGAAAAAAAUUAAAGAGGAGAACAAAUUUGGGUAUGCUUUUAGCGGACAAGAAACAGACCUGGCUGUAAAUUACAGAGUCAAAAAAUCUUAUGGCCGCAGAACUGUGGAACUGACAUUGGGUAACCUAGGAGUAAGUGAAGAACUUCAGGAAAAACUCCACGAUGUUAUGAUUGUCCGAAACAACUUGACCCUAGGAAAAAUCUUGGGAGAAGGGGAAUUUGGAUCAGUCAUGGAAGGGAGUCUCAGUAAUCCUGAUGGAAGCACUCAGAAAGUUGCUGUGAAAACAAUGAAAUUGGACAGCUUUUCCCAACGAGAGAUUGAAGAAUUCCUCAGAGAAGCAGCUUGUAUGAAAGACUUUGAUCACCCAAAUGUCAUCAAACUUCUUGGUGUAUGCAUAGAACCCAGUUCUCAGCAGAUUCCAAAGCCCAUGGUGAUUCUUCCAUUUAUGAAAUAUGGAGAUUUGCAUAGCUUUCUUCUUCGGUUAAGGAUUGGAGUGGGUUCCCAGUAUGUUCCACUGCAAAUUUUAUUGAAGUUUAUGAUCCAUAUUGCUCUAGGAAUGGAAUACCUCAGUAGCAAACAUUUCCUCCACAGGGACCUGGCUGCCCGAAAUUGCAUGUUGCGGGAUGACAUGACGGUGUGUGUAGCAGACUUUGGUUUAUCCAAGAAAAUUUAUAGUGGAGAUUAUUACCGUCAAGGGCGUAUUGCAAAGAUGCCUGUUAAAUGGAUUGCUAUAGAAAGUCUUGCAGAUCGCGUCUACACAACAAAAAGUGAUGUGUGGGCAUUUGGUGUUACAAUGUGGGAGAUAGCAACUCGAGGGAUGACUCCAUAUCCAGGAGUGCAGAACCAUGAAAUCUAUGAUUACCUACUUCAUGGGCAUAGAUUAAAGCAACCAGAGGGCUGUUUAGAUGAUUUGUAUGAAAUCAUGUAUUCCUGUUGGAGGACAGAUCCUGUGGACCGACCGACCUUCUCAGAACUUCAGCUUCACCUGGAGAAAAUAUUGGAAAGCUUACCUGCUCUAAGUGAACCAAGCAGUGUAAUUUAUAUUAACACAAACUUGCAGGAAGAGGAUGCAAAAGAGCUAAUGGAAGAUGACGAGUUUCCCCAAAUAGACACAGUCCUUGAUCCAAAUGAAAUCAUACAAGCUUGUUCCCAGAGAUCGGAGCCUACAGUAGUCACUGUGGAUAUCCAUGAAAGCAGUGGAAUGGGGGAUAGGUACAUUUUAAGUGGAGUCAAUGAAGAGCACCGGGCCAGUCUGAUAAGAACAGAGGAGGAAGAUGUGUCAUUGCUUCAGUCCAUUUACACACAGAAUGGGAGGCAAUGGUCUCAAGCCAGCACACUCCCUGUAGGAAGUUCAUUGGCUGAUGAACUGCUCUUUGCAGAUGAUUCUUUGGAGGAGUCUGAAAUUCUGCUGUGAAGAAAAACUAGCACUCUCUAAUGAACUGCAAAUCAGAGACCCUUCUGAGCUAGAAGUGCUCUGGAUAGCCAUUGGACAGUCUCAUCAUGGAAAGCCAUUCCUAUGUAGCAUGCUCUCCAAUCUUUGUAUAGCAGAUAACUUUAGAAGAAACAUUUUUAUCUUUAUAGAAAUUAUAUUUUAAUAAACAAAUGUGGUAAUGGUC